UUUUUUUAGUCUUACAAUCAUUGUAAAUGGCGGGAAGAAUUGUAAAAGUUUUAUGGGCAGGUCACAUGAGUUAUAGAGCUGGUCUGCAGUUGCAAAAACAUUUGGUAGAAAGACAUCGUACACUGCAAAAAGAGGAUACCCCAAACACUUUAGUAUUACUUGAACAUGAUCCUGUUUAUACCGUUGGGAUUCGAAAUAAAGGAUAUGGAGAAGAAGACGAAGCUCGUCUAAAAGCACUCAAUGCCGAGUUUUAUCGUACGAAUCGUGGAGGUCUUAUCACAUUUCAUGGACCAGGUCAAUUGGUAGCCUAUCCAAUUAUCGAUCUCAAAGAAUUCCAAACGAAUAUUCGCUGUUACGUGUCUCAAAUUGAAAAAACAAUAAUACGGGUCUGCGCUGAAUUUGGAUUAAAAGGAGAGACUUCGCCCGAUACAGGUGUUUGGAUUGAAGAUCGAAAAAUUUGUGCGAUUGGUAUUCAUGCAAGCAGAUACAUAACUAGCCACGGUUUGGCUUUAAACUGUAAUACUGAUCUUCGAUGGUUCGAACAUAUAAUACCCUGUGGAAUUGAAGAGAAAGGAGUGACUAGCUUGAGCAAAGAACUUUUUGCAAAUGUUACAGUAGCAGAUGCUAUACCUGUGUUGAAAAGAGCUUUUGCCGAUGAAUUCAGAUGCGAUGUUAUAGAGAUGGACUGUAGUGAAGUAUCUAAAUUGUUGACUAAAUCUAAAAAUCUUGGAAAAGAUGAAGGUAUUGUUCAUUGAUAUUAUUAAUAAUUGAUAAAAUUAUAUGACAAUGAUAAAUAUAAUUGAAUUGUACAUAAAAAUUAAUUGUAAAAAUCGAAAUUAUAAUUAACUAUUGAUAUUAAUUGAGUUUGACUCAAAUGUUAAUCAAGCGAAUUUUUAUAAUAAAAUUAAUAAACAUUUGUGAUAAAAAUA